AGGUACUAGGUUCACUCCCAGUCACACUCACAAAGACUGGAAAGGAUCAAAACGAGGGCGAGCGGGCAUUCCGGAGUAGGAAAAAGCCGAAGCCAUAGCAGCCUCGAGUCUCGUUGAUGACCAAGGACGGAUAAACCCGGACGCCAGUAGAUCAAUCUCUCCACCUACUCUCUAGGUUUUUCACCGCCGUCGCCGUUACCUUCGUUCUCGUAAUUCGUUCCACGCAGAUCAAAGAUAGAUCUUGCCAUCACUCCAACACCAUGGCUGACUUAGAAAGUAAAUCGGACUUGUUCCUUGGCCUGGAUUUCAGCACGCAGCGCGCGAAAGCCAUUAUUCUUGACGGAAACAGAACUCACGUGGCCGCCAGUUCCGUCACGUUCGGGGAAGAGCCGAGCCUUGUGGCGAAAUAUCCCCAGUGCUCUCCGAGUGGGUAUGAGGAAGACGAACAGAGCGGGCAGGUGACCUCUCCGACGCUGAUGUGGGUCGAGUCGCUGGACAUUCUUUUCAGCCGCCUGGUCAGCGGUGGUGUUGACCUGGGCAGAGUCGUGGCCAUCUCCGUGUCGGGCCAGCAGCAUGGCAGUGUCUAUUGGAAGACUGGUGCUGAGAAAGUACUGAACGCGCUGGACUCGAAGAAGGGAAUGCUGCAUGAGCAGCUGCAGGGUGCGUUCGCUGUGCAGGACUCGCCCAUCUGGAAGGAUACUAGCACGGGAAAACAGUGUAAAGAGCUGGAGGUAUACACACAGGGUCCCAGACGACUGGCUGAGGUCACCGGGUCACGAGCAUACCAUCGCUUCACUGGCAACCAGAUCGCCAAGAUCAGCCAAACGCAGCCGGAAAACUAUGAGCAAUGCGAGCGCAUUUCCCUGGUGAGUAGCUUUGUGUGCUGCUUGCUGACUGGAGCGUAUGCACCAAUUGAUUACAGUGACGGUUCGGGUAUGAACCUGCUGGAUAUUCGACCGUGCGGCGGCCCGAAUGAACCCGACAAGCGAGUUUGGAUGGAAGCGGCACUUGAGUACUGCGGUAAAGAUUUGGCUGAGAAGCUAGGCACACCAGUGCCAUCACACACCGUACUGCCAAAGCCGAUAUCGCCAUACUUCAGCCGUUACGGCUUCAGGCCGACGUGCAGUAUCGUGGCGGCGACUGGCGAUAACCCCUCAUCGCUGGCGGCACUGUACAUACGCGAGGGCGACGUGGGCAUCAGCCUGGGCUCCAGUGAUACUGUGUUUGUGUGGCUGCCCGAAGCCAAGCCGGGACUGUUUGGACACGUAUUUGUCAACCCGGUGGAUACAGGUGCAUACAUGGGUCUACUCUGCUAUAGCAAUGGCGACAUGACACGUAAGAAGGUCAGAGACAGCACACAGAACCUACAACGAUUAUCCGAAGAGGAGGAGGAACAGCGCUGGCAAGCAUUUACGCACUGUUUGCAGAGCACCCCGCCAGCAAACAACGGCAAUGUCGGCGUGUACUUCUUCGAGGAGGAGAUCGUACCGCAUGCCAAAUGCACCGUGAGAUUGAAUGCAGCCGGCGAAAAAGUCGACAGCUUUGCAGACCAGGCCACUGAAGUGAGAGCAUUGAUUGAGGGACAGAUCAUGGCUAAGCGUAUACACUCGGAACAACUCGGCUAUAAGUGUGGUCCCGGUACCCGUGUAUUGGCAACUGGUGGUGGCUCUAAGAAUCCGGAAAUUCUCAAGGUCAUGGCAAAUGUCUUCAACACCGACGUCUACAUCUUUUCCGAGUCUGAAUCAGCUGCCGUGGGCGCUGCGUAUCGGGCACUACAUGGCUACGAGCGAGCUAAGGCGCUGGCCGCAGGUGACACCGACACGGACGUGUCCUAUCAUUCGUUAAUCUCGGAGAUUCCGGGGACGCUGAGCAAGGUCUGCUCGCCCGAUGGCGAUGCCGCGGCCCUCUACGGGCAGCUAAUGCGACGCUACGAGGAGAUAGAGGACAUGUAUGCAAUGUAGUACAGUGGCCAGUGAGCAUGGGUGCAGAGAAUCCGCUGGUGAUGUGAUGACGUUGGCCAUAUACACUCAAGCCAAGGCAAGAGGGAACCGCUAUGGGUAUUUAAGCCACUGCAGUCAUGAUUGCUUAGGUGCGUAUGGUAUUGCUGUAUGGUAUGGUAUUGCUUAGUAUGGUAUUGCUGGCUCAGGCAUUGGCACAUGAUCGUGUUGGUUGCAUAAACAGUACAGCCGCCACUCUACAGCUGCGUAACAUCGUCAUGAGCAGGGUGAGCUACUGACUACCAUACAACCUACUUGUAAUUAUAUAUAAAUAUUUCUUGCUUGCCGUUUUCUGUAGAUUAGUAACACAUUUCUGUUUCUCCCCAGUCACGCAGUGCUGUCUACAACUUGUAGUCUGGAGGCAACACUACAAAUUUCCAUCAUGUACUAUAAAUUGAUGCACUGGGGUGCAUCAAUUGCAUGUCCAGUCCAAUGGGAAUAAGAAGUGCACUGAUCAUGCAUAUGAGGAGCAAUUAUUUGGAAAAGUAGAGUCGCGCGCCUAAGAACCUUGUUUCCAAGGGGUUAGCCUGGGACGUUCUUAUUAUUCAGCAAUCUGGCUGCGUUCUUAUGCACGUUCUUAGAAACGAUCCGUACUGGAUCAUAAUUAUGUAUCCCACAAGCUGCCAGAAAACCAAUUCCGCCGUUCUUAACUUUAGCCUGUGGCGUUCUUAGAAUCGGGCUGGACGUUCUUGGGCUCCACGUUCUUCAGCGCGUGACUCUACUGUAUGUAAAUAGGCGUCUUGGAAGGGGAGAGGGUAUUUUUUCAUUUCGUUAUUUUCAUCAUGGUUUUAUGGCAGUAUCAAUUGUAUUAUUUAUAACUUGGCAUGCACGCAUGCGUGUGCCGCAUCAAACAAUUUCAAGAAAAGAAUGAUUUUAUCAUAAACUUGG